AUGGUCGCUUUCUCCAAAGUUUCCGCCGGCUUCCUGGCCUUUGCUGCCCCUGCCCUGGGCGGCGUGGUCUUGGAGACCAUCAAGGCCGUGCCCAGCGACUGGUCCCUGGUCCAGACGGCCGACUCCAGCUCGACCAUCACGCUGUCCAUUGCUCUGGCACGCCAGAACAUCGACCAGCUGGAGACCAAGCUGCUGGCCGUGUCCACUCCCGGAAAGGACACGUACGGACAGUACCUGGACCUGGACGAGGUCAACGAGCAGUUCCCUCUGGCGGAUGAUGCGGCGGUGGUCUCGUGGCUCAAGAACGCGGGCGUCACGCACAUCACGCGCGAAGGAGGGCUGAUCAACUUCGCGACCACGGUCGAGACGGCCAACUCGCUGCUCGAGACUACCUUCUCCGUGUACAAGAGCGGAUCGACCCAGAAGGUGCGCACGACGCAGUACUCCGUGCCCAGCAACUUGACGGGCAGCAUCGAGCUGAUCGCGCCCACCGUCUUCUUCGGAAAGUCCAACGCCGCGCGGUCCGCCGCCGUGCGCGCCGCGCAGACCGUCCAGAGCGCUAGCAGCAAGAAGGGCGGCGAUGUCUGCGAGUACAUCACUCCCGACUGCAUGAAGGAGCAGUACAGCAUCGACUACACCCCCGAGGCCUCGUCCGGCAGCCGCGUCGGCUUCGGCAGCUUCCUGAACGAGUCCGCCCUGUACUCGGAUUUGGAUCAGUUCACCCAGUACUUCGGUAUCCCCCAGCAGAACUUCACCGUCGAGACCAUCAACGGUGGUAUCAACAACCAGCAGGACGACCCUGAUGGUGAGGCCGAUCUGGAUGUCGAGAACAUCGUGGGAAUCUCCCACCCCUUGCCUGUGACCGAAUUCAUCACGGGUGGAUCUCCCCCGUUCAUCCCCGAUGUCGAGACCCCCACGGACGAGAACGAGCCCUACCUUCAGUACUACGAGUACCUGCUGGCCAAGACCAACGCCGAGCUGCCCCAGGUCAUCAGCAACUCGUACGGUGAUGACGAGGAUACCGUCCCCUUCGCCUAUGCCACCCACGUCUGCAACCUCAUCGGUCUGAUGGGUGUGCGCGGUAUCUCGGUCCUUGAAUCGUCCGGUGACUCUGGUGUCGGCGCCGCCUGCCUCUCGAACGAUGGCAGCAACAAGGUCGAAUUCACCCCUACCUUCCCCGGCGGCUGCCCCUACAUCACCGCGGUGGGCGGCACCCAGGACGUGCCUGAGAUCGCGUGGGUGGACAGCUCGGGCGGCUUCAGCAACUACUUUGCCCGUCCGGCCUACCAGUCGGAGCAGGUCGAGACCUACCUCGACAAGUACAUCUCCGAGGCCACCAAGGAGUACUACACGCAGUACACCAACUUCAGCGGCCGGGCGUUCCCGGAUAUUGCUGCCUUUGCGGGCUCUCCUUACUUCGAAACCUACAUCGACGGCGAGCUGACCCUCGUGGCCGGUACGUCUGGCGCCAGCCCUGCGUUUGCGGGCGUGAUCGCGCUGCUCAACGACGCCCGUCUGCGCGCGGGCAAGUCGACCCUGGGCUUCCUGAACCCGUGGCUGUACUCGAGCGGCUACAAGAGCCUGAACGACAUCACGGCCGGCGAGACGGUCGGGUGCGAGGCCGGUGAGGUUGAGGGUGGUGGUGUGAUCCCUUGGGCCAGCUGGAAUGCCACCGUUGGCUGGGAUCCGGCCACCGGUCUAGGAACUCCCAACUUCGCUAAGCUGAAGGAGGCCGUGCUGGCGCUGUAG